CAUGGUGGUAAAUAUCUCCAAACAAAUCAAAACAGCUACAACAGACAAAUCAAACAAGAACUAAGAUUAAAGACAUCUUUUUGUAUAUUAUAUUUUUUAGUGAUUUCUUCAACCUAAACUCUUCCUAUAUUAGUUCAGAUAAAAGAAGCACUAACAACAAUUCUCCUUAAACCCUCCACCAUUUUUGUUUUUUCUGCUUCUUCUUCUUCUCCUUCUGCAUGUCUCUACAUUUUUACAGAUUAACAAUAUGAAGCCUCCUUUGCAUUGUUCUUCUUCUUCUAAUUAUAAUGCCCUCAGAAAAACUCGUUUCUCUCCUUUUCUCUUCGCCUUACUCACUUUCAUCGUCUUUGUUGUCAUCCUCUAUGGCGAAGACUUCAUGUGCAUCUUUGGCCAGCCCGAGCCUCUGCCCGGCCGACCCAUCUCCGCCGCCAGGAAGAAGCUGGUGAAGCUACCAUUCGCUAUAGGGAAGACCGAGGAAGGGUGUGACGUCUUCAGCGGGAGGUGGGUGCGGGACGAGUCGACUCGGCCGCUUUACGAAGAAUCGGAGUGUCCGUAUAUACAGCCACAGCUAACUUGUCAAGAACAUGGACGGCCUGAUAGAGAUUAUCAGUACUGGAGAUGGCAGCCUCACGGCUGUGAUCUUCCCAGUUUUAAUGCAACAUUAAUGCUGGAAACACUUCGAGGAAAGAGAAUGAUGUUCGUUGGUGACUCAUUGAAUCGUGGGCAGUAUGUUUCCAUGGUGUGUCUUCUUAACAGAAACAUUCCUGAACAUGCCAAAUCCAUGGAAACCUAUGGUUCUUUAAAUGUCUUCACGGCCAAGGACUAUAAUGCAACAAUUGAGUUCUACUGGGCGCCAUUUCUUCUUGAAUCAAAUUCGGACGACGCUGUGAUUCAUAGAAUAUCUGAUAGGAUUGUUAGAAAAGGUUCCAUCAAUAAGCAUGGCCGCCAUUGGAAAGGAGUCGAUAUUUUAGUCUUCAAUACUUAUCUAUGGUGGAUGACCGGCCUUGACAUGAAAAUAUUAAAGGGAUCUUUCGACGACCAGGAGAAAGAAAUUGUGAAGCUUUCAACUGAGGACGCUUACCGAAUGGCGAUGAAAAGUUUGCUCAGAUGGGUGAAGUUGAACAUGGAUAGAAAAAAAACCAGAGUCUUUUUCGCCAGCAUGUCACCCUCUCAUGCAAAGAGCAUAGAUUGGGGAGGUGAACCAGGGAUGAACUGCUACAAUGAAACGACAUUGAUAGAAGACGAAAACUACUGGGGUUCAGAUUGUAGAAGAAGCAUAAUGGAGGUGAUUGGAGAAGUGUUCAGUCAGUCAAAGUAUCCCAUUACAUUCCUCAACAUAACACAGCUCUCAGGUUAUCGAAAGGAUGCGCACACAUCGAUUUACAAGAAGCAAUGGAGCCCUUUGACGCCUGAGCAGAAAGCUAACCCUGUCAGCUAUGCUGAUUGUGUACAUUGGUGUAUGCCAGGCCUUCAAGAUACCUGGAAUGAGCUCUUGUUUGCCAAGCUAUUUUAUCCUUGAAAUAUCUGUAAAAUAUAACCAUCCCAUUUCUCACAUAUGCUGAAUCCUCUCGGCUAAUGAAUUCAAGACAAGAGGAGUCUAACCUUCUUCAUUGCAACUCAAAGAUAAAAUCAAAGUGAAGAAAAAAAAGAAAGAAAGAAAGAAAGAAAUCUGUGUAAAAUAAAAGUGUGAUUGUUGCAAAGGAUAUUUGGUUAAUAGAUUCUGAGAUUGGAUUGA